ACCUACCGUACAAAAACCCCACGCCCCGGUUAUUAUUUUUCUUACUGACAAUUUACCGUUCUUCAGCGUCAAGGGAAUUUACUUUCUACCCGGCCUCAGUCUCCAGUCUACCUGCAUCUACGAAACAGGGUUAAUUGUCAGUUGCUGGAAAGUACACACAGAGCUCCUCUUAUUGUAAUGGUAAAAAGGCCAUUAUUGUUUGUUGGAGAUGAAACCUACCGGUGUUAGAAAAAGAAAAGUGGAGAUAAUAAUUGGUGGUGGAGGAAGAGUGGACGAUGUGGGGGAGACACAAAGUCUUUCCGAUAGAGAAAUUGCUGGGUACCUGAACACAAAAGAGGAGAUACGUUUGAAGAGGAUUAUAUGGGAAAGAUUAAAUCACCAGUACGCCCACCAGAUGGCACAAGCAAAGAAGCUCAAGAAAGAACGUGAUGAUGCCAAGAAAGCUAAAUCUAGAGGGACUUCCAACAAUUCUAGUGUAGGGAGUCAGAUGCGAAGCACAAUGGUAAAUUAUGAUGCACUGAAGCAACUGGACGAUGAAUUGAACGACGAUAAUCUUGGAUCCGGAGCGGAUAUGUUGGGAAACUCGGGAUCUCUCCCUCGUAAAAGCCGCGAUUCCGAUGCGAAAAACCUCGGAGUUCAUCAUCAUGGUGAAUGUGAUGAUGUAGAUGAAGAGGAGCAGUCCUUUGAUAGGGAUGGUGAGCAGCAACAUGAUGACGACGACGACGACACGUGGAGAUACAAUAAUACUGGUAAUAACUAUGAGUCAUCAUACGAUUAUGAUGACGACACAUUGGGAGACACUAACAACUAUGAUGAAUAUGAAGAUGAAUAUAAUGAAUGAAGCCGAUCAUGAAAAAGCUUGAUCCAAUUCAUUUAUAAUUUAUACCGCGGGACUCACUAGCGGGCUACACAUUGACUGCUAUACAAAUUUUCUUUCUUUUUUUACUUUGGUCAUUGUAUUCAUAAAUUAUCUCACUGUUU